AUUGGAGGCAAAAGAAAUUCAAGGGAAAAUGGAAGUACUGAGUAAAAAGAUGGAAGAUCUGAAAUUGGAAGUGUAUGAGGUCACCAAGGGAAAGUAUGUAGAUUUCUUCCCACAGCGACUCCAGACAACAUUGUCAUUAAAAGAGAAUGUAGAUAAAGUAACUGAGGACCUUCAUGAGGCCAGGGAGAAGAUUGAAAAUGAGGUGAAAAACCAGCUUACCCUUUCUAAGGAUGUGCUUACUACGUUAAAGGGUGACUUGGAGAACCACAGAUGUGUCUUAGUUAUAUUGGAGAGGCUAGUGCAGAUACAGGACAAUCUGGAAAGUGCUGCUUCUGCAAACAAACGACAGAGUUAUUCUGAGGCUGCCUCCUUCCUCGUGAAGGUGGAUGAGCUCCUAGGCACACCUCUAGAGGGAUAUGAGGGUAUACAGAUUCUACAGGCAUUACAGACCGAGACCUGUGUACAGAAAGAGAAGCUGAUCUACGAGGUGACAGAAAAAUGGAAAAGUUUGGUCACCUGGAAUUCCAGUGAUGCGAACACUCCAGAUAAAUCCAAACAGGUGUUUCAGCUGGAGCUGACGUCUGGAGGUAGUGUGCUGAGCGAGAUAAUCGGAGCAAUGGAGACUCUAGGAGUUCUGAAUUCUACAUUGAAAACUUUUGGGAACAGAUUAAAUUCAUACCUGUUCAAGCCAUGCAUCGUCAACUCCACAGCUGUUGUGAAGAACUCUCCGUCAAACAUCGUCAUAGUAACUGUCAACAAUGAGAAGACUCCAGUUCCACCAUCUCCCAAACAGAUGUACAUGAAUGUUAUGACCAUUAUUCAGGUUCUUGACAAAUAUUUCAUGAAUUUGACAGUACAGGAUGGUACCAAUUUCUUAUCAUGCAUUGGUAAAUAUGUUUCAAGGGAACUAUUGGAACUCAUAGUUAAGGAAUGUUUAACACCAGCCAUUCCUCAUAAUAACAAAGAAAUGUCCGAAUUUGAAGCAAAUUGUGUUGAACCAACAAAAUGUUUUCAAGAAACUCUUGUUAAUUUGAAGUUCAUUCCUGGUGAUGACAAUGCUUUGGAGGACUUUGUUAAGAACAUAGAUGUCCUUUUUGUCAAUAAGAAAUCCCAAGACAUUUUGGUGCGAGCCAGAGAACUAAUGAAGUCAGAGCUACACAACACAGUGAGGGUCUCAGACGAACAUCCACUCGGAGAAACAGCUGACAAGGAAGCUCCUUCUGGCAAGAAGUCUAGAAAAGUAGAGCUAGCUAGCUCCUGUCAACUCAGUACAGAUACUCUGAAGCUUCCAGCUUGUCAAAUCAGUGUGUGCACACAGCAGCUUAUGAUGCUGGCUUACGAGACCUUGGAGGAGGCUACUCAGAGUUCCCAGGAAUGUGCCAUACAGCUGUUCUUUGCCGUCAGAAACAUGUUUGAACUGUUCUGUAGGGUGUACCCCACAGCUCACCAGAAAGCCUUGGCCCUGUUUCCUCAGAUGAGUGCUGUGUUCAACAAUGACUGUAUGUUUGUUGCACAUCAUCUGGCAACCAUAGGGCACCAGUUCAAUAGAUCUCUUCCCCAGGAUGUGCAGGCGACGUUCGUGGACCUAAUACCCAAGAUCCGUGGACUGGGUACAGACACCAUGCUGAAACAACUUAACUCACAGAAAGACAUCAUGAGGGAAUAUCUAAAGGCUGCCAAGGGUUUUGUCAGUGUGUCUGAAGGGUCUAACUCUGCCAGUACUGAGAAGGCUGUCAAACAAGUGCUCCAUCAGCUAGGGCAUCUACAGAAGGUGUGGCAGGAGAUUCUACCUGUCAGUCAAUACCGGAGAUCAAUAGGUACUCUGCUGAACAAUGUGGUUAUGGAGAUCUGUGACCAGGUGGUCCGACUGGAGGACAUUUCUGCUUCAGAUGCUACACUUAUAGCAAAUCUGAUGUCACUCAUCCAGAAGAGGGCAGGUCCUCUAAUGAAAUCAGCCAGUGAUGACGGUGAUGUUAAUGUUACCAUAGAACUCCAGCGAAACGUGCCAAAAUGGUUAAGAUUUACAGAAAUAAUCACCCUACUGAACGCCAGUCUACUGGAGAUCAAUGAUAGAUGGGCAGAUGGAAAAGGACCUCUGGCAAAUGAACUCACAGCUUCAGAAGUGAAACAGAUGAUCAGGGCUUUGUUUCAAAAUACAGACAGACGAUCAGCAAUUUUGGCUAAAAUAAGAUAGUAUUAUUUACAUAUAAGACAUUUUUAAGUUAUGGAUGUGCAAUGAAUAGCUGUAUUGUGGCAUUUACAUGUAAUUGUUAUUGGUGAUUGUUAACUA